AGUUCCACAUUUCAUACACAGGUGCUUCCACGGACCACAUUCCAGAAACCGAUUCGAAUCUAAGGAGAAUUUUGGGGGGUAAAUGGAGCUCCUGAAGCUCUCCAAAUUCAAGCUCCAACUCCACGCCCUAAUUUCUGAAGUUCGUGAACUCAAAGAAAAGGAACGCAAUGCGUCUCAACAAAUCCAAAUUUCGGUCCAGAAGCAAAAGCAAUCGGAGGAGGAAUUCAAUGAAAAAUUGGCGGAAUUGCGUGCUGAGUUAGGUUUCUCUAAUGAACUUAGGCAUAAGCUGGAAAGAAAGGUAACUUGCUUAAAGAAUGAGAACAAUUUGCUGGAAAACAAGCAGAAGGAAUUGGAAGGAACUUUACAAAGCUUGCUUGAAUCAAGGGAAGCUUUUCUGAAGGCUUAUGAGGUUAGCAUUUUGUAAUGCUAAGCCAGAUAUGUUAAA